AUGGAUGCUCAAUCCUGGGAUCUUUACGAAAAAGUGGCAAACCUCAGUCGACAGGAUGCACGAUCAGUUCUCAACGAACAGGAAGAAGCCAGCGAGUGGUACGAGAGCGAAGAUGGUAAACGAUGCCAGCUUAGGUAUUGUGUAUGGAAUCAAAUCAGCGAAAUUAUUCGGAGAAAACGACAAAGAACGGUCGAUCGCAGGGAAAGUUGGGUCAAGCUGUUCAUUUCAUCAAAAGUUGGAAUGGCAACGAACACGGGGGUAGGCCCAAGGGAUACCAGCGACCAAUCGAACUUCAAGAAGGCGCUGAUCCACGCAUACAGCCCACGACGAAAGACAGCCGUCCGCAAACGCCUAUGGGAGCCGGUAAUCGGCAACUGGUUUCAAACGCUACAAGGUGCUCACCUUUUCCCUUGCUCUCAAGGCAUCUUCAUGGACGAUAUCUUCGGCAAGGGAUCACGGAAAGAGCUGUUCUCAUACAAAAACGGCCUGUUACUCCAUGAGGAAAUUGAGAAAGCUCUGGCGAAUGGGUCUGUCGCUAUUGUGCCUGACAUCGAUCUGGAACCAGCGAAUCCCGAGCUCCCCCUAGACGACAAAGAGGAACGAGAUCAAAGAAUUCUAGCAUGGCAGAAAUCAAACCCGAAAGAGUACAAAUUCAUGGUACUUAACAAAAAAGAUCCUGCAGUUAAAGCGGCCCACCCACCUUUGGCGACUGGAGUAUCUAGCAUUGCAUCACUCCAUGGAAAACGACUCCAAUUUCUGACCAACAAGCGACCACGAGCUCGGUACCUUUGGUGGACCUACUUGAAUGCUAUUGUCCGCAACGCCUGGUCACAGAAGCUUACCGAGGACAAUCUUCAACAUAAAGAAGUGCAAACAUGUACACUCUACUGGGGUAGUUAUGGCUCCUAUAUCAAGAAAAAUCAGCUUCUGGGAUUUAUUGAGGAGAUUGGGCAUGAAGUUGGGGAGGCCCUUGAGUUCGACAGUCAGGAGCAUGUCCGUGACGAGGCAAGACUGGAAGGGGUCAGUGCAAUGCUUUGUCACGUUUUGGUGGAAUUGAACAAGGCAGAAGAGGAGAAUUGGGAGACAGAUCAAGGCGAAGCGGCGACAGAUAAUGAACAGCAGGAUGAUUAUGAAUAA